UGACCUUUAACUGAGACCUUAACCCAAGGCUGGACUCUGGGACACAUUGUUCAUUUUGUGCAAUUCUGGUGGUUUAAUAAACCUUUUACAUGUCCAGCACAAGACCUUAUGAAACAAAGUGGUUCUUCUACAGCAUUUCAUAAAGACUCGUAAAGACAAAAAAAAAAGGUUCCUCAAGGAUUUUUCAGGAGAGGAAAUAAUGCUAUAUGGAACCAUGACAAUUGAGAAAGCCAUUUGAACGCUUAUAAGGUUCCUUGGCUGGUUAAAGUGUUUUUUUUUUUUUUUCAGAUUGUUGAAAAACCUUUUGGAAAUGGUUUUGUAUGAAACUCUUUAAAAUGGUUGUAUACGACACUACAAUUGUUAAGAGUCAAACCACCCUUUUAGUACUAUAUUGAGCCAUUUAUGUUCUGUGUGUAGAAACUGUAUAUCUUGUGUUACUUUAAAAUUACAUCCAAUUUACAAAAAAGUCUCUCUAAAGAACAAGGCGCUGAGUUUUGAACUUUAGGCUGCAAAAAGUGGUUAUUGUAUGGCAUUUCAAGUUGUUUUGUGCUGUAUGGAACCAUAACAAGCCAGAGAACCAUUUUGAUGCUAAGAUGGUUCCUUUCCUAGUUAAAGUCUCCUUCAGAUUGGUGGAGAACUUUUUGUAAAUGGUUCCAUAUAAAGCCAAAGAUUCUUCCAUAGACACUAUGUUCAGACUGAUGAGUGUAAAAAUGACAUUUAACCUGUUGUUUGAUGGCUUAUUGCCUUUUCCUGACACAUGCAGCGCUAAAAAUCCUAUCAGUGCAACAUGACUUCAAAUAAAUUAGUAGUCGUUUUGUAUGCAUUGCACUGUGUUUAAGUUUAUUUAUAUUUUGUAUGUGUUGUGAGCAUUGUUAAAACACAGACAUUGAAGUGAUUUGUGUUGCCAGAGCAGCUAGACUGUACAAGAAGCAUCUGUAUGUACAACUGUGGAGUGGAUCAGUGUAGGGUUCCAGAGCAGGACCGCAUCACAGUGGGCAGCAGGGCAGUGGAAAGCCAGGGCUGGGCAACAACAUCAAGACGUCAUGUGGUUUCUAGCUUUGCAGACCAUCAGAAUUACUCUGGGUACAAUAUAGAUAUAGCACAAAUUGGAUUUGAGCUGUCAGUCUGAACAUAGCCUAAGGCUUACAAUAAAUUAUGAUGAUGUUAUAGAGAACCGUAUUGAGAAUAAAAUCUGUACAUUCUGUGGAUUUUUUUUUUUAUAAAUGGUUGUUCACAGUCAAAUCUCAUUUAGAAAAACAGGUACCUAAAAACAUUCACUCCAAUGCAACUGAAGUGAUUUUUCUAUUGCACUGUUUAAACAACACUGGUUGUAGAUCCUCCAUUUAAAGGAGACAUUUUACAUACAGUACAUUAAACCUCAUUUUGCAUUAUGUAUAAAUAUAAAUAUUCCUGUGUGUGUUACAUUUUUAAAGAGACCCCAGACCCUACUAUCGGUCACCAUGAAUGACACGCUGCACCACCAUCACUUGAUGCCCAAAGUCCAGGAGCAGUGGGGUCCCCCUUUGACAGACAACGGCUCCCUGAACGGGUCUCUGGGGGACAUGAACGCCUCGGAAAUCACACAGAUAAUGAUCCCACAGGAGCUCUUCCUAUUGCUGGGCCUCAUCAGCCUGGUGGAGAACAUCCUGGUGGUGGCGGCCAUCGUGAAGAACAGGAACCUGCACUCGCCCAUGUACUACUUCAUCUGCUGCCUGGCUGUCUCCGACAUGAUGGUGAGCGGGAGCAUCAUGGUGGAGGCUUUGUUUAUGCUGCUGACUGAAAAUGAUGUUCUUGUGGUCACGGCGGACAUGCUGCGACACCUGGACAACGUCAUUGAUGUGAUGAUCUGCAGUUCUGUGUUGUCUUCGCUCUCCUUCCUGUUAACCAUUGCUGCUGACCGCUACAUCACCAUCUUCUACGCCCUGCGCUACCACAGCAUUAUGACCACGAGGCGUGCCAGAGCCAUCAUCAUACUUGUGUGGCUCGCCAGCAUCAUGUCCAGCUCACUCUUUAUCGUCUACCACACGGACAAUGCUGUGGUUGCGUGCCUUGUUGCCUUCUUUGGCCUGGCUCUGGUAUUUACUGCUGGACUCCAUCUACACAUGUUUGUGUUGGCACGUGUGCACUCACGCCGCAUUCGUGCCCUUCACAAAAGCCACUGUGCUGUGGCCACCAGCAUGAAGGGUGCCGUCACGCUCACCAUCCUGCUUGGUGUAUACUUCACAUGCUGGGGGCCCUUCUUCCUGCACCUCAUCCUCAUCCUCACAUGCCCCACCAACCCAUACUGCAAAUGCUACUUCAGCCACUUCAACCUCUUCCUCGUCCUCAUCUUCUGCAACUCCCUCAUAGACCCUCUCAUCUACGCCUAUCGGAGUCAGGAGCUGAGAAUGACGCUGAAGGAGCUCUUGCUGUGCUCCUGGUGCUUCGUUAUGUGAACUGACCUUUAACUGAGACCUUAACCCAUGGCUGGACUCUGGGCACUCACUCAUUGGGAACUCAUGGUCUUCAUUUUGUACAUCUCUGAUGGUUUUAAAGCACAAGACUGUAUGAGACCUUAACUCUUUCCAGCUCUUUAAAUACAUCUGACCUCUAAAUUUAGCAUCAGGCUUGCCUCUAUAAAAACACCAGCCGGAACUCUCCCUCAAGGAUCUGAGAAAAGGGCACUUAAUAAUAUACUAAGAGGCUCAAUAGAUUCCUAUGGACCUUGGAUCUCCAAAUGGAUACUUGCACAAUGCUGAAUGGAGUACUUACCUUCGCUAUAUACUCUCCCAACUGUUACAAAUCAAGCUAGGAUUUUGCAUACUUUUUUACUGACCUAUUUACUCUGAUUAGACCCCACAAACUGUGAUGUUUCAGCAGCACUACUGAAGAACCUUAAGGAACGUUGAUUAUGUUUGUUAAGAAUGUUAUUCUCAAGAUUGUUUUCUUUAAUUGUUUGUCCAUAAUAGUAUGUCUGACACCUCAGUUUUGUAAAAAAAAAUGCUUAUUUAUUUGUAAAUCUGAGACAUACCGCUUUCAAAUCCCUCUGAGUGACUGUAAUUCUGCAGAAUGUGUGCAAAAUCUGGAAUUUCCUUUCAACACUAGAUCAUAUUAAGUGUUUUGACCACCUGUAAACACUGUCUAGGACCUCAAUCAGUACCUACCACAGUACUGAUCAUUUUACAUUUUGACCAUUUCUGUCCGAGCUGUUUGUUCAUGCCUUGGAAAUGUGAUGCACUGUUAUUAAUGGAAACCAUGUUUAUUAAAAAAAACAGUGUAUUUUUGCACACUAUUUUACUAUGUUUGAAGAAGGUUGUGGCAGAUUAUGUUUUAUUUAUGUCUAAAAUGUUUAAUAAAUGUGUCA